GGCAAACUGAUUCCUGAAGCGUUUGAUGGCCCUAAUAACCCAGCCCUCUAUUUUUAUGGCAGUGGUGGCCGUUCUCUGGCGUAUCUGGAGGUCAAGAAACUGGGUGGUCUUUGAAGGAAAACAGGUGGGGAUUCCGGCCUUAAUGCGUCAAUUUCACCAGCAGUAUGAGGAGUGGGUCUCGUUGCCAAAAGAAUCUUGCAUCAGUCUCCCUAACCCCCAGUCUGCCCCAGAUCCUCCUGUGAACGGUAGUUCCCUGGUGUGUUUGUGGGAUGGGGCAACUCGGAAUGGUUCUCAUUCCGCGGGUGGGAUGGUCCUCUUAGGACUUGGUAGGGAGGUCCUAUGGGCACAAGGAUAUCAGUUCCCUGGAGUGGAUGCCCCUUCGGUGGCGGAAUUGCUUUGUUUACGGGAGUCUAUGCGAUGGUGCAUUGCCCAUGGGUUGACAACAGUCCGCUUUGAGGGGGAUGCUUUGGUGCUUAUUGACAAGAUUAAAAAGGGUAGCACUGCGGAUAGCCAGGUGGGGGCCAUUCUUGAAGAAGUUGUUCAUCUCUUCGACUCGUGCGAUGGAUUUGGUGUUCGGUUUGUAGGUCGGCGUAAUAAUAGGGUAGCCCAUUUGGUGACUAGGAAAGCCCUCUCUUUGUACCCGACUAUGAGUCGUCUUUUUGAUUUUCAGACCUGAAUGAGAUCCAAGAUGUAACUACCUUUGUUUCAAUCUAUAUAAGAUUAUCUUUUGUCAAAAAAAAAAAUGACUAGUUCAGUCGUUUAAUGUUAUGAGAAGAUUGAAAAUUCAAUAGUAGUUGGUAGUUUAUCCCUCUUCCAUCUCAAUUCUCUUCGUUCUAAGUCUUUUUCUUACGUUUAUCUAUCGAUCACUACGAUGCACAUUGCGUGAAGGUUCUCACCGGAGAAAUACAGGUAACACAUUUUA